CCACUCUGUAUUCGCGGCGCGAAAAAACUUCCCCCUCCCUGCCCGCCGCAUCCUCUCGCCGCCCUCACGUCGCCGUCGUCGCGUCGAGCCACUGCCGGAAAACAGUUAAAAGCGCUGCCAACAGAGAGCAAGCAAGAGAUACGGAGCGGCAAUGGCUGCAGCUUUGGAGCUCACAGCUGCAGAUUUUUUACAAGGUGCCUAUAGGCAAAAACUAGCUUUGCCUAAACAUUCCUUUAGGCAGACGGACUGCUUGCUUUGGGGAACAAGGCUGCCGAGAAAACAGCCUUCUGUAAGAAUUUCUCGUCGAGAAAUUGCGUCGAGGCAAUUGAAGGUGAAAGCGGUGGUCUCAAGGGAUGUAUGCAGUUCAGUAAGCGCGGAGGCCGAUCAGCUUCAGAGGGCUUCUCAAGAGGUUGUGCACUUCUAUCGCAUUCCAUUACUGCAAGAUAACGAGACGGCUGAGCUACUGAAAUUGGUUCAGACGAAAGUUUCAAGCCAAAUCGUUGGAUUGAAAACCGAACAGUGUUUCAACAUCGGGGUGGAUGGAAUUCUCUCCGAGGAUAAGGUUUCAGCGCUUAGAUGGCUUUUGGGGGAAACCUACGAGCCCGAUAACCUGGGGGCAGAGAGUUUUCUGGACGAAGAGAUGAAAUCGAGCUCGAAUGCUGUUGUGGUAGAAGUCGGCCCUCGUUUGUCUUUCACCACAGCAUGGUCUUCCAAUGCAGUAUCAAUUUGCCGAGCUUGCAAUUUGACUGAGAUAAGCCGAUUGGAGCGAUCGAGGAGAUACUUGUUGUGCCUUGCUCCUGGGAGUGCGUCGUUGGUGGAGAGUCAGAUUAGUGAGUUUGCUGCAUUGGUGCAUGAUAGAAUGACUGAGUGUGUUUAUAAUCAGAAGCUGACGUCGUUUGAGAGGGCUGUCGUCCCUGAGGAAGUCCGUUAUAUACCCGUCAUGGAGAAGGGGCGGAAGGCGUUGGAGGAGAUAAAUGAGGAAAUGGGGUUGGCUUUUGAUGAACAAGAUUUGCAGUACUACACCAAGCUUUUCAUGGAGGACAUCAAAAGAAAUCCGACAAAUGUUGAGUUGUUCGAUAUUGCUCAGUCUAACAGUGAGCAUAGCAGGCAUUGGUUUUUUACUGGGAAGAUCGUGAUAGAUGGGCAGCCGGUGAAUAGGACUCUUAUGCAGAUUGUCAAGAGCACUUUGCAAGCGAACCCAAACAAUUCAGUCAUUGGCUUCAAGGACAACUCCAGUGCAAUCAGAGGGUUUCCUGUGAAUCAGCUGCGGCCAGUCCAUCCAGGUUUGACAUGCCCAUUGGACAUGAGUGCUCGUGACCUCGAUAUUUUGUUCACUGCUGAGACCCACAACUUCCCUUGUGCGGUUGCACCAUAUCCUGGUGCUGAGACAGGUGCUGGAGGCAGGAUUAGAGACACACAUGCUACUGGCAGGGGUUCUUUUGUUGUGGCAUCUACAGCUGGUUACUGUGUUGGGAAUCUACAUGUUGAAGGGUCUUAUGCUCCGUGGGAGGAUUCAUCAUUCACGUAUCCUUCACAUUUGGCUUCUCCCCUUAAGAUUCUCAUAGAAUCUAGCAAUGGUGCAUCUGACUAUGGAAACAAGUUCGGCGAGCCAUUGAUUCAGGGCUACACCAGGACCUUUGGAAUGAGGCUGCCAAAUGGGGAGAGGCGAGAAUGGUUGAAGCCGAUAAUGUUUAGUGCAGGCAUCGGGCAGAUUGAUCAUAUCCACAUAGUGAAGGGGGAGCCUGAAGUUGGGAUGCUGGUUGUCAAGAUUGGAGGGCCUGCAUACCGUAUUGGUCUGGGGGGUGGUGCUGCAUCCAGCAUGGUUAGUGGCCAAAAUGAUGCUGAGCUGGAUUUCAAUGCUGUGCAGCGCGGAGAUGCAGAGAUGGCACAGAAGCUAUAUCGAGUUGUUCGUGCUUGUAUUGAAAUGGGAGAGAAGAAUCCUAUCAUUAGCAUUCAUGAUCAAGGCGCUGGCGGGAAUUGUAAUGUUGUCAAAGAGAUUAUAUAUCCAGAGGGUGCUACUAUUGACAUCAGGGCUGUGGUAGUUGGUGAUUACACAAUGUCAGUUUUGGAGAUAUGGGGUGCAGAGUACCAAGAGCAAGAUGCUAUUUUGGUGAAGCCUGAAAGCCGUGAGUUCUUACAGUCUAUAUGUGAAAGAGAGAGAGUCUCAAUGGCAGUUAUCGGUACCAUUAGUGGUGAAGGGCGGAUCAUUCUUGUGGAUAGUUUAACUAUGGAAAAAUGCAAUGCAAAUGGAGUACCUCCUCCACCGCCUGCUGUGGAUCUUGAGCUCGAGAAGGUGCUUGGAGAUAUGCCCCAGAAAACUUUUGAAUUUCAUCGAGUUGAUAAUGCUAGGAAGCCUCUUGAUAUUGCUACGGGAAUAUCUGUUAUGGAUUCUCUGAGACGGGUAUUAAGGCUUCCUUCUAUUGCUUCGAAGCGGUUCUUGACUACGAAAGUUGAUCGGUGUGUCACAGGCCUUGUUGCACAGCAGCAAACUGUGGGACCGCUUCAGAUUACACUUUCUGAUGUUGCGGUGAUUGCUCAAAGCUAUACCGGCAUUACAGGAGGUGCUUGCUCGAUCGGGGAGCAGCCGAUCAAAGGCCUUCUGAACCCAGGAGCUAUGGCAAGGCUAGCUGUUGGAGAAGCUCUUACAAAUCUUGUUUGGGCUAGGGUCACUUCUCUCUCUGAUGUAAAGGCGAGUGGCAAUUGGAUGUAUGCAGCUAAACUGGACGGGGAAGGGGCAGCCAUGUAUGAUGCAGCCAUAGCUCUAUCAGAAGCCAUGAUCGAACUUGGCAUUGCUAUUGAUGGUGGAAAGGAUAGUCUUUCUAUGGCAGCGCAUUCAUCUGGAGAAGUUGUCAAGGCUCCUGGAAAUCUCGUUAUCAGUACUUAUGUCACUUGUCCCGACAUAACCAAAACUGUGACACCCGAUUUGAAGCUUGGCGAUGAUGGUCUUCUCCUCCACAUUGAUUUGGCGAAAGGAAAGCGGCGUCUUGGUGGAUCUGCUCUUGCACAAGUAUUUGGUCAAGUUGGGGAUGAGUGCCCCGAUCUCGAUGAUGUCUCUUACCUUAAAAGUGCUUUCAAUGCGGUGCAAAGCCUGAUCGAGGAAGGCUUGAUUUCAGCUGGCCAUGAUAUCAGUGAUGGAGGAUUGCUAGUAAGUGCUCUUGAGAUGGCAUUUGCUGGAAACUGCGGCAUUAGCUUGAAUCUGACUAUUCCAGAGGCUCUUAGUGUUUCUCAAGCACUCUUUGCCGAGGAGCUUGGCCUUAUCAUUGAAGUCAGCAAAAUAAAUGCAGCUGUUGUGAGAGAGAAACUUUUGAGUGCUGGAGUGACUGCUGAAGUUAUUGGUGAAGUUACUGUUUCUCCCAUAGUUGAGCUGAACAUUGAUGGUGCAAAUCACUUGACCGAAAAAACUUCGCAGCUCAGGGACUUGUGGGAAGAAACCAGCUUUGAGUUGGAAAAAUUCCAAAGGCUGGCAUCUUGUGUAGAACUCGAGAAAGAAGGCUUGAAAAGUCGUUGUGAGCCUUCGUGGCUUUUGUCCUUCACUCCAUCGUAUACAGAUGAGAAAUACAUGAAUUCUACUUCAAAACCGAAGGUUGCCAUCAUUCGUGAAGAAGGCAGCAACGGCGAUAGGGAAAUGGCAGCUGCCUUCUAUGCCGCUGGUUUCGAGCCGUGGGAUAUUGCUAUGUCUGACCUUCUUAAUGGAGGUAUCUCAUUGCAUGACUUCCGUGGUAUUGCAUUUGUUGGAGGAUUCAGCUACGCCGAUGUACUAGAUUCGGCAAAAGGUUGGGCAGCUUCUAUAAGAUUCAAUAAGCCUCUACUAGCUCAGUUUCAAGAAUUCUACGAGCGGCCAGACACUUUCAGUUUAGGAGUUUGCAAUGGGUGUCAGCUCAUGGCUCUUUUAGGGUGGGUUCCAGGCCCCAAAGUUGGAGGUGUUCUUGGGGAAAACGGAGAUCCAUCGCAGCCGAGGUUCAUACACAAUGAAUCCGGACGGUUUGAAUGCCGUUUCACAAGUGUGAAAAUCGAAGAUUCUCCAGCUUUGAUGUUGAAAGGAAUGGAGGGUAGUACAUUGGGUGUAUGGGCUGCUCAUGGGGAGGGAAGAGCUUAUUUCCCAGAUGAUGAUGUGCUUGGACGUGUACUGAAGUCAAGCUUGGUCCCCGUGAAAUAUUGUGACGACGGUGGGAAGCCAACCGAAGUGUAUCCUUUCAACGUUAACGGCUCUCCUUUAGGCGUUGCAGCGAUUUGCUCCCCGGAUGGUAGGCAUCUCGCGAUGAUGCCUCAUCCGGAGCGUUGCUUCUUGAUGUGGCAGUAUCCUUGGUAUCCCAAGAACUGGAACGUGGACAAGAAAGGCCCCAGCCCGUGGCUGCGUAUGUUCCAGAAUGCUCGGGAGUGGUGUUCUUGAGUUUUGCAUUGAUUUGAUGAUGUGGUAAUAAAGCUCGUGACUUGUUGGCUGAAGCCAAAUUCUGACAUUUAACAUAAGGUAUGCAGUUGGCCAAAUUCUGACAUAACACUUGGGUUGCAUUUGAUUUUAUUGUAGCAUCACAAUUUUCAAGUUUCCUGUGCAUAUCAUGUGUUGGUAUUGCCUUUUCUUUCUCACAACCAACGCCUUCAAUUUGUUUACAAUUACACUAAUUUUUUCAUACAUGGUGUCAUGAUUAUGUGAAAUUCGAAUUUUAUCACUAAUUAAUCUCGAAUUGAGUAUUAAAUAUGAUUGAAUUUGCUUGCCUCCAGUCAAUUUAUUAAUAAGUUCAUACGUAUAUUUUAUGAGGUUACUUAAUUAUUUGAAAAAUAUAUGUAUUUUCAAAAAAAUUGAGUGUCUCAAAGUCUGUUGUUUUUGGUGAUAGUUUAAUAAUUUUCAACAAUUUUGAGUCUCAAAAGUCUGUUUAGAUGUUUUAUCCCUAAUGUUGAAGGUGGUUGGUCGAUUCAAAAUUUAUUGGGUAUUUCUCAAAUUUAUUCAUUCUUGCUGUAAUCAGUAGUUUCCUGCUAUUUUCUCAUGUUAUACCAUAGAUGCAACUUUAAUCUUU